AAAAUUGCCGAAACUUGUGUUUCGGCUUUCGCACACGUGUGUUGUAUUUUUAUUUAAUUUCAUGGUUAUGUUAAUCACAUUUUCCUAAUACCAAGUGCUCUAUUAAUACCAAAACGUUAUAAAAGUAAUUUACCCGCAUAAUGGGUCGGAAAGCUAAGUUUGACGAAACUAAAAAAGUUAAGAAAGGACCCGGGAGAAAAGCACGCAAACAGCCAGAUCCAGUUUUUAAAAAAGGACUUAUUGAUGAUGACAAAGAAGACAAAAAGCUGAGCCACAGACAAAAGCAAAGACUAGCGCGGAGAACUAAAAAGAAAAAGGAGUUGAUUGAAAAAAAGAAAGCUCUUAAGCAAGCAAAAAAGAAUGUGUCUAAACAAACUGAAGAAGUUAUUAAAGAUGAGUCAGAAGAAAUGUCAAAAGAUGAAAGCCCCAAAGGUUUCAAAGAUGACAAUAGCGAGUGGCUAAAGAUAAAAAAGAAGUCAAAAGAAGAAAGUGAUGGUGAUGAGUCAGGGAGUGAUAAUGAUGAUGAGGUGGGGAGUGAUGAGGAAGAGGAACAGGGGUCAGAACAAGAGGAUUCUGAUGGUGAAGAGGACGCAGAAAAACCUAAAAAUGAAAAGUAUAAGGUUGGCUCCCUAGAUGACCUAUUUAAGGAUACUGAUGAUGAAGAAGCCAAAGAUGAUGAGGCUUCAGAUGAUGGGUCAGAAAAGGUGGGCAAACUUGCCUACAACAGCUCUGAUUCUAGUGAUGACGACAAUAAAGAUGAUGAUGAUGGUGAUGAUGACAUGCUGCCAAUAGAAAAAGCAAACAUUAAGCUCACAAGAAAACAGAAACUAGACAAGAAACUAGCUGAUGAAGAAAUGCAGCUUAACAUUGCUAAACAAGAUGUAUUCGCUUUUCCAUCUGAAGAGGAACUACAAAAUCCAGCUAGUCUUCAAGAUGUUCUUCAGAGGAUAAAAGAUAUAGUUACCGUUUUAGGUGAUUUUAACCGAUUAAAGGAGGAUGGAAGAUCACGCUGUGAGUACACAGAUCUGCUACUAAAGGAUCUCUGUAUAUAUUACAGUUACAAUGAGUUUCUCAUGGAAAUUCUAAUGCAGAUAUUCCCUGUUCAAGAAUUAGUGGAAUUCCUAGAAGCGAGUGAGGUGGCGCGUCCAUUAACUAUUCGUACAAACAGUUUGAAAACUAGACGACGUGAUUUGGCCCAGGCACUUAUCAACAGAGGCGUCAAUUUAGAUCCAGUGGGCAAAUGGAGUAAAGUUGGUCUAGUGAUAUACAGUUCUACAGUACCUAUUGGCGCUACACCUGAGUAUUUGGCGGGGCAUUAUAUCUUACAAGGAGCGUCAAGUUUCUUACCAGUCAUGGCAUUGGCACCACAGGAGAAUGAGAGGAUACUCGACAUGGCCGCAGCUCCAGGCGGCAAAGCUUCACACAUAGCUGCCAUCAUGAAAAAUACUGGUGCUUUGUUUGCCAAUGAUGCAAAUAAAGAAAGAACUAAAGCCAUCGUCGGCAACUUCCAUAGGCUGGGGAUUGUUAAUGCUGUUAUUUGCAACUAUGAUGGUAGAGAAUUCCCAAAUGUUAUUAAAGGGUUCGACCGAGUUCUGUUGGAUGCUCCCUGCACUGGUACCGGUGUUAUAGCCAAAGAUCCCAGUGUCAAAACUACGAAAGAACCUAAAGAUAUCCAGAGGUGCUUCAAUCUGCAGAGGCAGCUGCUUCUAGCAGCUAUCGACUGCUGUAAUGCUAAAUCUAGUACAGGUGGUUACAUUGUAUACUCGACCUGCUCAAUUUUACCAGAAGAGAAUGAAUGGGUAGUAAAUUAUGCUCUUAAAAGAAGAAACGUUAAGUUGGUUCCUACUGGUCUAGACUUUGGAACAGAAGGUUUUGUAAAAUAUAGGCAUCACAGGUUCCAUCCGUCUCUGAAGUUAACAAGAAGAUUUUAUCCUCAUACACACAAUAUGGAUGGAUUCUUUGUAGCUAAAUUAAAGAAGUUCUCAAAUGUCAUUCCACAACCAUUCAAAGAUGAAGAUGAUGAGGAAGAAUUGGACAAAGAAGUUAAAGUAAAUGGAGAUGCAUCAAAUGAGGAGACGGAGGAGAAUGGAACAAAGACACCAACCAAGCGGGCAGCUGAACCCACUGAGACUGAACCCCAAAACAAAAAGGCCAAACCAGAUGCAGUGAAGAGUUCAACGCCUACUGUGAAUGGAGUCGAAAAAAGUGGUGGUAGAAAAAAGAAGAACAAAAAGAAAAACAAAAAUAAAAAUCUGAAUGGCGCUAAUGCUCAAGUAAGUGAAAACUCAAAUGUUGCAACAAAUUCCCAGAAUUCUAGUAAAAAAGAGGGAAAGGGUAAGAAAAAUAAAAAUAAACAACAAAAAUUAGAUAAAAACAAAGACUUAGGAGAAAAGAAUGAAAAGAAAGCAAAACAAAUUAAACCUAAAGCUCAAACACAAAAUGUUUCAAUAAACAGUGAAAAAAAAGAAAACAAAGAAGCUACAGUGAAUCAAACAAACAGUCCAGAUAAGAAGAAGAAAAAUAAGAAUAAGAAGAACAAAGCACCUGCCAAUAUUCAAACUCAAACUCUUAGCCCUCUGAAAGAACAAGGAAAAAUUACAUCGCAAGUAGAAGUUAAUGCAGCAAAGAAAUUAAAAAAUUUCAACAAGAAGCAAAAGAAGAAGAUUGGACAGCUAAACAAACAGGGUAGUGCAGAUAAAAAUAAGCGAAAAAUGAAGCAGAAGAAAUAGAUUAUUGAAAAUAAUUUAAAUAUUAUAAUUUAAGCGUAUUUUAGGGACCUAUCAGACAGAGAACAGUCACGCAGUCAAGCAUUCAAGCGGUCAGUUUUGCGUACUUUGUGUUGUCCUCUGUUAUAUAGAGAUAUUCGCAGAAGGCUCCCUAUGCCUUCUGACCGCGUCAGAAUUCCUUCUGUGUGAUUGACAGCUCGAACGCAGAAAGCUUGAACGCGUGACCGCUCUUUGUCUAAGGUCCCUUAAUCAAAAAUGACUAUCACAUCGUCAGAAAUUGUACACGCCAAAUCGGUAACAUUUUUAUAGAUGUAACCGCCAAAUCUUUAUGGGAAUUAUUCUGUUUUUCAAAACCAUUUGAACUAUUCUAAACCUUUUGACUCAUGUUAUAGAGUAAACAUAAGUGUUCCAGUUCGACAUGAAAGGACAUUAGGCUAUUUAGCGCGUCUAAAAAAUCUCAACAAUAUACAGCAUAGUUCUAAAUAUCAUGGUACCAUCGAGGAAAUUGAUUCCUAGGCAGUUGAUGGACCUACGUCA